AUGGAAGAUCUGAACACAAGUGAAGUUUAUAACAAGCAAUUUUCUUUAAGCCAAAACAAGCACAGCAGCGAAAGGUUGCAAAGACUUGAAAAACGAUUGAGCGGUCUACAUUUCAAUAUUGAAUUACAAAAAAAUGAAAAAGUUGAGAAAUUAACUAAAAAAGUCAAUUCAUUAGAAGAGAAACUAGUCCAAAUUAAUGAAAACUCAAAUAAAAUUUUUGAAGAAUUGAAUGAAAAGAUAAAUGAUAUAAAAACGGAUUUUACUAAUUAUAAAUCCGAAUUUGAAGAAUUUAAAAACUAUCAUCAAAAAAAAUUGUAUAACCUUGAACAAAAAACUGAAGAUUUUAUAAACACCGAAAAAGAAGAGUGGAAUAAACUCAAAAUGAAACUAAUAAAAGACUUUCAAAAUGAAUCUAGCUUAUUAAAGGAAGAAAUAACUGAAGAAUAUGGUAUUUUUGAAGAAAAGGAAGCAUCGUUAAGAAAAUAUUAUGAUAACGAAAUUACCAAUCUUAAAUCCAUCGUUCAAAAUGAAAUAAAUGAAAGAAUUAAAACUGAAAAAGAAAUGUUGAGAGACGUAGAUGAAAAAAUAAACGAAAUUAUCAAAAUAAUCAAAAACGAAAAAAUAACUAGAAAAAAUUACUCAGAAAAUUUAGUUUCCCUUAUCGAACAAUAUUUUUCAAAAAUAAAAAUGGAAAUAGAUAAAGAACGACUAGAAAGAGAAGACACAGAAGAGACACUUGUUCACCUAAUGGAAGAAACUUUGGAUAAAAUAGGAAUGCCAUAUGCAUAA